GUGUCCGACCAACCAUCACCUUAUGGCGCAACAUGUUUAAGUUGGUCGAGAUGAUGGCCGGGGACAACGGACCGGGCUGGUGGUAUUUUCAGGCCCGACCUGGGUAUAAGGUGGUGCUCGAUCUCCCCUCUUCUCAAAAGGGGUUCAGAAGGGAAUUUGCCUUCAUCUAUUAUGGUGGUGACUGGGGUAUCCCGACUGUCCGACCGGACGUGGAACCGAACCACGAAUUAAAUUUCCGGGUUCCCGAGAUGUCUGAGGAGGAGGCGGUUGCUGCUAUUUAUCUGCAAACCGAGGCCCAGAUUGUUCAAGGGGGGGAGGUCUAUGUUGCUAGCAACUGGAUUCCGAGCUGCCGGCUCUUCAAAAGCGAGCAUGUUCUGUUGGCGGUCGGACUGAGCCGGACAUUCCCCCGGGGUAAUCGGCCGAGGGGGUUGCUUUAUAUGCUUUAUGUUCAUGCUUACAUUUUUUAACUUGUGUUUCUUUUUGCAGCUUGCUCUUUGUCAAGUCUCUUGGAAUCCGACCCAGAUAUGGCCGAAAAGCUUAACUAUGCUGCAAUGAGGGCCGCUCAGCUGAAAGCCGAACUGAAAGCCAAGAAGAUAGGCAUCCCAAAGAGCCCCAAGGAUCCUUCGAAGCCCAAGGCCUCGAAGAAGAGGAAAGAACGGGACCCGGAGAAGGUGGCGAAAACCGCCAAGGCCUUGGCCAAGGACCAAGCUGAGAAGGCCAAAAAGGCCAAGUCUGUAGAAGUUAAUAGCCCUCGCCCCGAGGAGAAGGCUGAUAAAUCCGAGGGGACCCGCAUUUCUGUCCACUCGGAGGACUUCCGACCAGUUCGGAGUCCUCAAUACACGCCGGCCACCCCUCGUGGCCCCCAUGAUGACCCAGAAGAGCUUAGCCUUGCCCUGUCCAAGCCCUUCGCUGAGUUGGACGUCCACGGGCUUGACACUCGCUGGACUAACGCGGUCGAGUGCUUGUAUAGCCCGACCGACCGGGAAUACAUUGCGCAAACCAGCGGCCCAGAGGAGACGAACGACCUGUUCCGUAGCUGGGUUGAGUUCUCCGCUCGGCUGGUCAAUGUGGCUCGGAACAAGGUGCACCUGGCCGACAAGGUAUCUGACUUGGAGGCUCGAGGUAAAAAGCACUACGAGGAGCUCCGCGCUGCCAGGGAGGGCCAGAGGAUAGCCGAGGCCGACCUCGUCAACGCCAAGCGCUGCAUUGAUCGGGACCAAGAAGAUUUUAAGGCCGAGCCGGCCCAGUGGGAUUUGGCCAAGCAGGCGCUCAUCAAGGAGAGGGACGAGGCCGUGAUUGCCAAGACGGCUGCUGAGGCCCGAGUUGUGGAGGCGGAAGGCAAAAUAACCGAGCUGCGCUUCCAACUGGCUGAGCUGGAAAAGGCUCCCAAAACCGAGGACCAAUGGUUUGCGGGUUGGAAGGAGACCAAGGCUUGUACCGAUUUUGUUAACGAGGUCGGCUCUACUGCCCAGAAGAUGGGGGUGGAUGACGCCCUUAAGCGAAUGAAGGCGGCCUUGGCCAGAUCCCACCCCUCUCUUCCCUGGUCCGAGGUGAAGGGAAGCUAUGAUGCCCUUCUGAGGGAGGAAGACCAGGCCUUGCUUGCCGAGCUGCAUAUCGCUUUGUCCGAUGAGGACGAUGAUGAAGAUGGCGAUGAGGCGGAGGUUGCUGAGGAACAGGACCAAGGGGUCGCCAGGUCCGAGGAACAUCAUGACAGCACCAAUGAUCAGACCGAACCCCCUGCAACUUAG